AUGGGGUCCCAACCACAGCGACCGCCAGUCUACACCUCCAGAUACCGAGCCGCGUCUCCUGUUCUCCGCCAUCUAGAGUUGGAGUCUGCUCAUUACCCCCUACGCGAUAUCCUCCAAGCUAAUAAAGAGUCGUUCAUUAACAAAGCCAAACAAGUACUGGAGCACUACGGUAUCGUGGAAGGGGACGAUACAAAGGUGGACCUCCUGCACCGCCAAAUGCGCCCUUAUCAGAGGGAACCCAUCGCCACGCUGUACAUCACUACGCCCGUCAUUCAAGGCCGUGACGGGAUUGACCUGCACGUCGAGAUGAUAGCACCAGAGCGUUUCCAACUCAAGAACCUAGGCCCCGUCACCGGUGAACCACGGCUAGCUGGAGGAGUGUGGGAUUCUGUCAGAAACAUGGUCAUGGAGAAGCUCAACUCGUGCGAGGUAACCCGCCGCAAGUGGGUAAGCAUUGGUCUGUUCAGACUUGGAUUUUCAGAUAGGAUGGAGGAGAACCCCAUAACCAUCUACAUCUUUCUCUCGUACGACUCUGACGAGUCGCGAUGGGAGGAAGUCAUGGUCAUGAUUGAGAAUGAGCUCCGUGAGAGGAAUCUGGACUUUAUCGAGGUUCUUCUUGAGCAUAAUGUUGGAUGGGGACUGGGAUGGGGCGAGGGGUUUGGUAAUGCUUACCUCCAAGACGAGGAUUGA